GUUCUGAUACCACGAGCGCUUUCUAUGGCAAAGGCAAAGUAACGGCACUGAAAAUCGCGAAAAAGAAGGAGGAAUACGCAAAUCUUUUUGGAGUCAUGGGUAGAGAAAUUGCACCAUCGGCUGAACUAAAAAGUGGAUUGUAUAGAUUCAUAUGUCACCUAUAUGGUUUCGAAGAGUGUUCCGACGUCAAUGCUGUUCGAUAUCAAGCGUUUUGA